UUCACGGUAGCGCCAUCUUUGUACGGUAAUGAAAACGAGGUAGUGAGGGAUACACUUAGCAUUUUUUCAAUGGCACGAACGUUAUGCUCCUACAUCACAUCUGAUUUUCCACAACUCAUGUUGUCUGGAGUUCUUUGUAUUCUGGAUGCACUUUGACAGAUAUUUGAUCAAUGUUUUGUCCGCGGAACGAUCCAGAAACACUUUAAACUGUAGUACAGCCCAUUGAAGAGAGCGUAAGUCUAGCCCACUGAUCUAUAUAUAGAUCUGUGGUCUAUCCCUCACAGCGUCGUUGUCAUUCCCAUUAAAAAUCAAAGAUGUCGCUAGCGUGAAUAGGACCUAUACACUUCCGCUUCCGCGCCCAGGCAUGGAGGCACUUUUGCGGCUGCGCAUAAUUUUGUGUUCGGUGGAGAUCGAUGUGUGCGACGCAGAUAGAUUUGAUCUGCGCUUUGUAACCGAAAAUUCUGGUGAUUUGCUCAAAUUGAACGACACUCCAAGACGAAGUGACUUGAGACUUAAAUCUUGAAACGUCUACAUGGCCGUCAGAAGAGGACACAUAAGGUAUUUAAAAGUUUGUGAGGUUCAGUGCCAGGGUAAUGAAAGAGACAAGGGUGCCAGCGCAGUAACGGAGGUAUACGACAUGCCGAACGGUUAUGAGGACCACAUGGGCGAUGAGCAGAGUGAUGCAAAAACCAACCUGAUCGUCAACUAUCUGCCUCAGAACAUGAGUCAAGAGGAGCUUCGAAGUCUGUUUAGCAGCAUUGGCGAGGUGGAGUCGGCCAAACUCAUCAGGGACAAAAUGGCAGGCCACAGUUUAGGGUACGGAUUUGUUAACUAUGUUAACCCUAGUGAUGCAGAAAGGGCAAUCAAUACACUCAAUGGCCUGAGACUACAGUCUAAAACUAUCAAGGUCUCAUAUGCUCGACCAAGCUCUGACAGCAUCAAAGAUGCCAAUCUGUACAUCAGUGGUUUGCCCAAGACCAUGACACAGAAGGAUGUGGAGGACAUGUUUGCCCACUAUGGGCGCAUCAUAAACUCUCGUGUGCUGGUCGAUCAGGCCUCGGGCCUGUCACGUGGUGUUGCUUUUAUUCGGUUUGAUAAGAGGUCAGAAGCAGAGGAAGCCAUCAAAGAUCUCAAUGGCUCCAAUCCACCUGGUGCCUCUGAACCCAUCACAGUGAAGUUUGCUGCCAGUCCAAACCAGACCAAGAAUUCCCAGCUGCUCUCUCAGCUGUACCAUACUCAAUCUCGUCGGUUCGGAGGACCUGUUCACCACCAAGCACAGCGCUUCAGGUUUUCACCUAUGAGUGUUGACCACAUGAGCAGUGUCUCUAGUAUGAAUGUGGCUGGUAGCUCUUCCUCUGGCUGGUGUAUCUUUGUCUAUAAUUUAGGUCAAGAUGCAGAUGAAGGCAUCCUUUGGCAGAUGUUUGGUCCCUUUGGUGCCGUCACCAAUGUCAAGGUCAUCCGUGACUUCAAUAGCAACAAGUGCAAAGGGUUUGGUUUUGUUACCAUGACAAAUUACGAGGAGGCAGCAAUGGCCAUCGCUAGCCUCAACGGAUACCGCCUGGGGGAUAAAGUCCUACAAGUGUCAUUUAAAUCCAGCAAGUCUCAUAAGUAAAGCAAAUAAGUAGGUUUUUAUAGUUGUUGUUGUAAAAAGCUUAAAGUUCAUUGAGGUUUGUUCUAAAAAUUUCAGUUCUUGUUGACUGUUUUUGAGGGUGAAUAAGUGUGCUAGUGUUAUACUCUGGAGUUGAGCAAAACUGUAAAAAUGUAGAAUUUUUGUAAGGUGAUGAGAUAUCCCUGAUGAUUGUUUUGCCUGGCAUUGUGAAACCUUGGACAAUUUAAAAGUCACACAUCGAGCACUGUUAUAAUGCCUUAGAUAUCAUGGCAUUUUUGCUCUUUUCUUCCAACCUCUCUUCUGUUAAUUACACUGGAUUCAUUGGUCACUUUUGAUUUUCUGAAGGAGUGUCAUUGCAAACCACACAUCUUCAUCUCUUCUAGACCUUUGUAAAUAGUGACAACCACCCAUCUAGUACUCCACCUAACCCAUUUGUAAGGUGAAAGGAAGUUUGCAGGACCAAAGAACUCUAGAGUGGAAAGUAUUGUCACACAUAUGAUGUCAAUGAAUGAAUACAUUGUUUUUGUUUUGACUUUUUUUCAAUUUCAACCAAUUUUGUGUAGACAUUAAAAUGUUUUGCAUUUAACAGUAUCUUCAUUUUUCACCAUUGUUUGAUUUUGUUUGGAAGGUGGUUGAAAGGAGCAAUUUUUAUUUAUUUAUUUUUUUAAAUUGGCUUAUAUUUAUUAGCAGCAUUGAAUGAAAGGUGCACCCCCACUCAAGUUUUACAGUGUUUUUCUCUAAAUGGAGUCGGUCUGAUACAAGGUUGUAGGCACAUGACUGCAACUAAAUCUAGUUUUUAGAUCCGUAUUAAAGGAUGCAUUUGCAGCAUAAAUAUUAAUGCAUUUUUAGUUAAUGCUUUUACUCUUUUGAUGUACCAUGGCAAACCCCAAAUGUAGCUUUUACAUUGAAAUUUGAAUUAGCUUUUUGUGGAUUUGUCAGAAGUCAUAAGGGCAAUGCAUAGGAGAACAAUUGUAUUUCAGUGUACCAAGAUCUCACACAGUACUUUCAUAAUAUAGUGCAUUGCAGGGCAGCACUAUGCCUGUGUGCAUGUUUAGAUCUGUUGAUAGGUUUGGCAUCAGUUUAGUUGUACAAUGUGCUUCUGGUCUUUAUUGAUAGUGACCUAAAUUCCUGUAGCAUGUAUUUCCUUCCAAUAAAUGCCAUUGUUUUGUUGUGAAAAUGUAUGGAUUUGUUUUAAUGUUUCUAAAUGCAUCUUGAGAGUAAAAUAUUUCAAAUAAGCUGAAUUUUCAGUUCAUGACUUUUAGAAUGAAUCAUGCAUUGAUUUCUGUGUCUUGUCAUCUGGGCAUAUUUGUAUGGAGUGUUUUACAGUACAGUUGUGGUUGUAGACAGAUGACAUGAAAGACUAACAUUGACUAACUGUUUUUUAUUAAUAAUGACAGCUCUUUUUAAAAUUCAGAAACAUAAUUUACAUGAUUUAUGUGGAUUCAAAGAGGCUUGUUUUCAUUUGGGGGAUUGUCUUAUUGCACAUUUAUAUUUAUUCAUUUAGCAGACACAUUACAAAUGUCAAGGAAAUAUCUGUUUUCUCUCUCUUGUCCAUGUGUCCAACUUACUGGAAGCCCUAAUAAGUUCAUUGCACUCAUCUGAGUAAACUUAUUCCCUCAAUUCCAUUGAAUAAUGGGGUCUCACAAAA